AUGCAUUACCGGGCCCCAGCAUGCAUUACCGGGCCCCGGCGAGCGCUGAUCGGGCUAAUCACCACACAACAGGCUGUCAUUACCGACUGCGGGUCACUGGUCACGCUGUUGUUCUCUGCAGGGGACGUGUCUGCUGCAAGGUACAAUGCACAGCUCCAGGGCCCUACUGCAUGGUCGAGCGGCUGCACGGGGGCCCCGGCUGCGGCUGCACGGGGGCCCCGGCUGCGGCUGCACAGGGGCCACGGCUGCGGACGCACGGUUCUUGGAGAAAACCAACGGCUGUUUCAUCAUGGAGCGCUGGGGCCACAGAGGUCCCCUUUAAAGGCCUCCAGCAUCAGCACCAAGCCAGCGACUCCUACAGGCACCGCUCCUCUCUGA